CUCUGCGCUUGUAAAACUACUACUACAACUACAGAGUCAAUAGAACGACCAAGCCCGAACUCCUCCCUCCCCCCCCCCUGCGAAAUAUCGGGGUCAAGAUGACUUCCUUCGUCACCACCGUAAACCAGCGCGCGCGCAACCAAUUCCGCGCCCGCGGCGGCAAGGGCGGCAACACGAGCUACCAGCUGCGGCAAUACGCGGAAGCGACGCUGGGCGGCGGCAGCCUGCGCAAAGUGGUCAAGCUGCCCGAGGGCGAGGACGAGAACGAGUGGCUGGCGGUGAACAUGGUGGACUUCUACAACCAGGUGAACCUGCUGUACGGCGCCAUCACCGAGUUCUGCUCGCCGCAGUCGUGCCCCGAGAUGAAGGCGACCGACGAGUUCGAGUACCUGUGGCAGGACGGCGAGACCUACAAGCGGCCGACCAAGAUGGCCGCGCCCGACUACAUCGAGCAGCUGAUGUCGUGGGUGCAGGCGUCCAUCGACAACGAGUCCGUGCUGCCCUCCCGCAUCGGCGUGCCCUUCCCCAAGUCCUUCCCCUCCCUGGUCCGCCAGAUCUUCAAGCGCAUGUACCGCGUCUACGCCCACAUCUACUGCCACCACUACCCCGUCAUCCGCGAGCUCGGCCUCGAGCCCCACCUCAACACCUCCUUCAAGCAGUACGUCCUCUUCAUCGACGAGCACAACCUCGCCACCGGCAAGGACUUCUGGGGCCCCCUCGGCGACCUCGUCGAGAGCAUGCUGCGUAGUGAUUGAUUGAUCGAUCGAUCGAAUCAAUUAAUUAGGUAGAUACCUACCUAACCUACCUGACCUACCUAAAUCAGGGGUUGAUCCGGAGGUUGAGAAUAAGAACAAGAAAGAGAAGGAGAAGAAGAAGAGGCGUUUCUAGGAGGUAAUGACUUGAUGUGUAGAUGGCUUCGGUGAUGAAUUGGCCUGCGCGAAAGUAGAAUUCAGGGAUGUCUGCAUCUUUUCUUUUCUUUUCUCUUUUUCUUUCUGAAGGCUUGGCGUUUAGGGGGGAAGCAUCAUCAGACUACCACGUUGUUUUGCAAAGGAUAGAGAUCAAGGGUAAUUUGCUGCUUGCAGCGCAGGUUGUGCGAUACCAUCACAUGGAAUGACUUUUACCAACUCGGUCGU